GGUGAGUGUAGCGCAGUGCAUCAUCAACCGAAGCCACCCCCGUCCUUCUCUCCAAGGAUCAAACGCAUUGAACCGGUCAAAAUGGUUUUCAUCCUGGGCGUCAACUUCCCCGAGCGAAACCUCGUCAAGAAAUCGCUCGAGACCUUCUUCGGUGUCGGUAAAAUCCACUCGACGCGUCUCCUAGCCCGAUUCCACGUCCACCCGACAUGUAAGAUCGGAGAAUUGGCGAACAAGCAGGUUCUCGAUAUCCAGGCCGCGUUGUCCGAAAUGAAAAUCGAGAAUGAUCUCCGGAGACAGGUCCUCGAUAACAUCAAGCGCCUGAAGGAGACGGGAACAUACCGUGGUCGGCGUCAUGCGCUCGGUCUGCCUGUCCGGGGACAGAGGACGAGAACUCAGACCAAAACUGCCGUCAAGCUCAACCGCAUGGAGAGAAGGCUUUGAGCUGGAUACGAUGUUAUAUUAUCUACCCAUUGGGUCUCGCGUCCGAUCUCUUUCUCGUCAGGGCAUGGAAUGGCGUUAUAUUUUUGUUCUCUGUAAUUUAGUGUAUUGGCUUCAUUUCCUCUUUCUUCAAAAUUUAUUGUACGUAGACAAUGAAACACCUAGGUAAAGACAUAAUCAUGUGGC